AUGGAGGAGACGUCAACACUAUUCCCAAUUUCAAUUGCAGCGCGAAAUAUGCGACUCCAGAAGAAUACACAAAAAAUGACGGGACCCGCCGAAUCCUUCUUGGAGUUACAUAUUGAUGUCAUCUAUGGAGCAUUUAUUGAGAUCGUAUAUUUGCCAUGUUUGACAGUAAUGAUGAAAAAGGAGAAUAUUCGAUUGUCGUGCUUCAAAAUUAUGCUUCUUUUGGGCAUCGUCGACAUGUUUGCCAUUGGUGUGAAUUCAAUUGAAACUGGCUACUUCCUAAUCGAAGGGUCUGUGUACUGCUCUCAUCCAACGCUGAUUUUUAUUAGCGGUGCUCUCGGAUUGGGCUUCUGGUGUGCCGCCUGUCUCAUAUGUCUGAUACUCGUUCUCAAUCGAAUCCUUGAUAUUUUGUUUCCAACUAUAGUUAAGCGUUAUUUCUCUGGACAUCGUACGACUUUGGUACUUCUCAUUCCAACCCUAUAUGGGCUUUAUUUUGUGUUCUUCACACCGCCGCUUCUUUUCACAUCAAAAUUCCAAGCGUGGUUUUUUGAUCCGUUUAUAUUUGAAGGAAUUUCGCUUCAAUACCAAAACAUACCUCAUACUGCAAAUAAUCUAUUCAUUGUCGUCGCAACUUGUCUUCUUUACGGAUAUUUCUGUUCAAGAAUUGCAAAGCAAUUUAAGAAAAAUCAAGAAUCCAAUCAUAAGAGAUCACAUACGCAGAUUUUCCUUCAAUCAACAAUCAUCUGCUUGGUCAAUUUCGUUGCUGCAAUGGUCUACGUCUACAUGCAAUUCUUCCCAGUUGCCGACUUUAUAAUUGUGAUUGGCCACAUUUCGUGGCAACUUGGCCACGGAUGCCCAGCAAUUAUUUAUCUUCUUAUGAAUACAACUAUUCGGAAGGGAGUUUUUCGAAUUUUCCGAAAAAAGUCACUGUUAGGCCAUUUGACGUCGACAAUUGCAAAAGAAGAACUUACGUUCGGCAAUCGAAACGAUGCGAUUUAUUCGAUUUUAUCAAUCCAUAUUCAAAUAGUAUAA